AUGGCAGAUAACGUUGUUUGGAACUCUGGCUCGACUGUGGUCACCGAUGAUGCUAUGAUUGCUCAUUCCGCUCGUCGGCGGUUCGAUGGGUUUGAUACGCUGCUCACUCACUUUGCCACCACCGCAAUACCACAACACCACAACACCACAACCCCGCAACACCACAACACCGCAACACCGCAACACCACUCUCAUUCCUCGAUCGGUGGCCCGAUCACAUCUGCCGCCGACAACAGCGACUCGAUCCCAACCUCGAUUCGCCUCCACUUUGGCACCACCCUGAUCAACUUGCUCUUCACACUUCCCACCAUCAUCCUCGACUACUACGCUGCUCAGAGUCUCGGCAAUCCGCUGUUGAUCACACUCACACGCUACCUGCUGGUCUACUUUCCAAUUGUCCUGGUCGUCCCGAGCGCUCUCCUGUCACUGACGUCGAUCCGGAAGUCGGUCCAGGCCGUCCAGACAGUGAUUGCGACGAUCCACAUCUGCAACAUCGGGGGAUGCCUUGUCCGGCACGGACUGGUUCUGGUCUCUGGAGAAUCGGGCCUGACACUGUUUGCGACAAGUCUCUCGCAACUGAUCUUCUCGACAUUUGUGGCAUCGACAUCGGGGAUCUCGGCGGAAACAUCUAUUCCGAUGAUCCUCCUGUCAGCGACCGCAUACAUAUUUCUCGCGGCCUUUCUCUCGCCUUCACACGCUCUCACGGUUCAUGGCAUCCAGGCCGAAGCCCUUGCUGCUCUCACAACUGUGAUAACGGCCGGUAUUGUCGAACAUGGCCAACGGAGACUCUUCCUCAUUCGUCGGUGUGCUGACAUCAUAUCAAAAUAUGCAACCCAGCAGUCUGUUGUCGAUCACGACGAGCUCUCGUCGGUGUCACCUAUGAGUUCGCAAGUGCUAUCGUCAAACAGCGACCCGAUUCCCACAUCCAAAUCGUUUAAAUCGUCGUCGAGCAAAUCCUCAGCGCGGUACUCACGCUCGAUAUCUGCUACUCAGUCGCUGGGAUCCAAGGUGGCGCCUCAGCGUCAGUUCCCCCAGCUAGUCGUGGUCAACGCCUCGUCGAUCUUGUUAGAAUCUCCAUCGAGCAGCCAAAUCUCGUUCCAACCCUCUCUCGGCAUAGCAGAUACGCUCACAAGAGACGAUGUAUACAGCACCGAAGAGAUUGCCAGAACAUCAGCCACUUCCAACCAGGACCAAAGCAGCCCUCAGCAGAGCCCCGAUCUCGGCUUGCCGACAGCACCAUGCCUGUAA